AUGCACUCGGGCCCAAUAUGGGAAUGGAGGGACAGAGCCAAGUUCUCACAUCUCGUCCUAAAAGUGCUAGCACCCGCUCCUAUUGCUAUCCACAACAUUGAAGCUCGAGCGUUGGAAUUCUUUUUCAUCAAGACCGCGCCCCAACUAGCAGGGUACUUUGAAGCUGGAUUCUUCCAAGGAAGCGUACUGCGACUCAGCCUAACGGAACCUAUUAUUCGGCAGGUCAUCAGUGCCAUUGGACUUGCCCACGGAAACGCAGCUGUAGGCAACGGAACUCUUGAUUCCGAUGCCUUGGAGCCAUAUCGGCAUAUUGAACUUUAUAAUAGAUCUAUCCGUGCGGCGAUCGAGAAGGUCUCCGCAGAGCCAAAUGCUUCGCCUGACACAAUGUGUCUGAUUGCCACGGCGAACAUUCUAUUUACCUGUUUCGAAGUGAUGCAGGGGAAUAUUCCCGCCGCGGCAGCUCACGUUCAAAGUGGCCAGCGCCUGUUUCAGCAAUGGCGCGAUAUAAAUGGAGGCCCGACAGGACCAUGGGGCCGCGACAAAUAUCGGUCUCCCGAGGCCAAGUUCAUGGAGACUGAGAUCGCACCAUUGCUUGCAUUGUUCAAUACUAACUCAGUCGAGUGUGGCGGUGGGGGACGCACUAAACUCCUUCUCAACUCGGUGGAUGAGCAAUCGGGGCUCUUCGUUACGGACGGGUUUGAAACACUCGGAGAGGCACGUAUUGGGCUUAUUGACAUGGUAACAUGUGCAGUUCAUCUAUCUCAUCAGGUAGAUUAUGAAAAUGGAGAGACUGCAAGUACGCAAAACACCGUCUCUGCGCUAUCCCAACGCGUUAAACGGCUGUUGAAUUUGUGGAACAAGAAUUUCGAGAGCCUCUUGAGCCGACAAAACGUCAGUCGGAGCAAGCGAAAGCAAAAGAUGAUCGAUGUUAUCCGGAUAAUAAAGUAUAGUACUGAAUUUGGCAUAAGAUCGUUUACGGCGAAGAGUGAGUGUGAGUGGGAUCUUCAUCGUGAAGAGUAUGCGGAAGGGAUACGAGUGAUCGACGCCAUCGUUUCUGAUCAAGACCGGUUUCCGGACAUCAUUUCGCGAACAAUGAACCUGGAUGCCGGUAUGAUAUUCCCACUUCACACUCUUGCAUGGAAAUGUCGGUGGCCGAAGUUACGUCGCCAAGGCCUCGCAUUACUACAGCGGAUACCGAGGCGUGAGUGGCUUUACGAGUCUUUGCAUUAUCAUGCUAUAUUUUCUCGCAUCAUGGCAAUCGAGGAAUCUGGAUUGCGGCUGGUAUUAGGAAUGGAGCCGGAGGAGAGCUGGCUACCACCCGAACAUGUUCGUAUCAUUGAUUGGACCGUCACGGCAACCAAGCCUUUUACACCAGGAGUCCAUCCUGAAUACGAGAUCACCUUUUUUAGCAAGCCCCAGGGGGUUGAUGGUCCUGUCAAUCGAUAUACUGAGACCAUGCAGUUCGAAUUUACCCAAAAUUUCGAAUCUGCUGUUCCGGUCAAUAUGAUUUCUAGCCCUGAAUGGCAAGCUAGACUGUAA